AUGCUGUCUCACAGCAGCCACAUUAGUGAUGAUACAGGAGCCAUAAUUAGUAAAGUUCAAAAAUGCAACCUUUUCCUGGCCACAUGUGCAGCUGGGAUUGGAGGAACUUUUCAGUAUGGUUACAAUGUUUCUGUCAUCAAUGCUCCCACUGAGUAUAUCCAAAGGUUCAUAAAUGAAACAUGGGAAGAUCGCUACCAGACUACAUUGAAUCCACAUUUGCUGACAUUCCUUUGGUCUAUUACUGUUUCCAUAUUUACCCUUGGUGGCUUAAUAGGGUCACAGAUUGGUGGAGUUUUGGCAAUAAAGUUUGGCAGGAAAGGCGCUCUUCUGAUCAACAAUAGCGUUUCAUUACUGGCAGCCCUUCUAAUGGGCAUUAGCUAUUCUGCUAACGCAUUUGAGUUAAUCAUUAUUGGGAGAUUCAUAAUUGGAAUCAGUUCUGCAUCUCAGGAAUCUCAGGGUAAAAACAAAAGCCCUCUACCUGCUAAUCCUCAGAGACCUACAUCUGUGGGCAAACAAACCACUCAGCAGGUAAAAGGGAAAAGUGCACUGGAUGUGUUUUUGGCUGAUGACUCUGGUGUUCCUGACAGUGCAAUAAUAUGGAAGCACAGAAAAAUGGAGUUGCUCGGCGGGGAAGAGUACGUACCCCUGCUGCUUUCUUCCUGCUGCAUCCCAGCCAUAAUUCAACUCAUCUCCCUCCCAUGGUUCCCUGAAAGUCCCAGGCACCUUCUGAUUGACAAGAAUAAUGUUCUGGAGUGCCAAGAUGCUUUGAAGGCAUUCCAUGGGUCUAAUGAUUACCAUUCUGAAAUGGAAGACAUACAAAAAGAGCAUAUAGCACUAGGCGGAGAGAAAUUAAAGAAACCUUGGGACCUUUUCACUGACCCAACAACUAGACCACAGCUCCUCACUGUUAUUGGACUGAAUGCAGGGCAGCAGUUUUCUGGAAUAGAUGCUAUAUAUUUCUAUGCUACAUAUAUUUUUACACAAGCUGGGAUUACAGCCAACAAUAUACCCUAUGCUACAGUCGGGACUGGAGCCUGUGAAUGUCUUACUGCCCUAACAUGUGGUUUCUUCAUUGAACGUCUUGGAAGGAGGGUGCUUCUCCUUGGAGGGUAUUCCUUAAUGGCAUUUUGGUGCAUUAUGUUAACAAUUGCUCUAACAUAUCAGGAGUUAUACGAAUGGGUGCCCUAUCUUAGCAUGGUUUGCAUAUUUGCAUUCAUCCUCAGCUUUGGAUUAGGACCAGGUGGCAUUACAAACAUUGUAACAGGAGAGUUUUUCACGCAGCCAGCCCGACCUGCUGCUUACAUGACAGCUGGCUUUAUGAACUGGCUAAGCUUUUUCAUCAUCGGACUUAUUUUUCCUUUCAUAGUGGGUAAACAUAUAGUGCAGAGCACAUCAUCACACCAUCAUGUUCAGUUCUUAGGAAUGUAUGACAGCACUGUAAUCAAACAUCAUCAGAACAGUAAUACAGCAUAA